UCGUUUUCCCGUCUGUCUGACGCCGCCUUGGACCUUUAGCUGUAUUUAUGAAGAGAUUUUGAGGAACAUGACGAUUAUAACAUGAGUAGACCCUAUGUAUAUCUGUGUUUUCUCUUAUUUAGUCAGAGGAUUCUUUGGAGAAAAACAUUUUAUUGAUCCCACAUGUUUGCUUUUGCGUGUGUUGGAAAAGUAGUCUGGGUUGUGCACUUACUUGUGCACCAAACAUUGAGUUGAGUGAAUCACCGACCAAGCUGUUGCCCCGGGGACCCACACGUCUUCUAUUUCAAGAGAGAGCCAUGGGUGUGACACAUGGUCUUAUCUUGUCGGUUUGUGCUGGUGUAUGUGCUGCCACUGCAUCAUUAUGUGCCAAAUUGGCAAUGUCUGGGGAGGAGGUUGCAGAAUUCUGUAGCUAUCUUCAUGAGAUUGUGCAGUCAGAUUUAAUACCACCAUGUUCUGUGAUUGCUUUUGCAAUGCGAAUAGGAGUGUUUUCUCUCAUUUUUAUCUUCAAUGGACUAAUGUGGACUUUGUUUACCAAGUCAAUGCAGCUGUGUCCAUCAUCACUACAUGCCACCAUGACAAACAGCUCAUCAAACCUCAUAUUUAGUGGAUUGAUGGGUCAACUUCUCUUCGGCGAAACACUUUCACUGAAAUGGUGGUUUGGUGUCUCCCUAAUCAUUGUGGGGUUAUUCUUUGUCAACAGAGGGCAGCAGACCAGCAAUGACAGCACCCCUCAAGUCCAAUCCCAUCUACAAGAUGACAAAAAGGAUAGAUGACACACAGAAAUUAAAGAAACAUUAAUAGAGUGAAGUCUGACCAAGUAGACCUUCCAAGAUGAAUAAGCGGAAUCAAAUUUUCAGACCAGAACAUGCAAAGGAUGCAUUAAUCACGUCAUCCAAGUGGAAUUUCACCUUGAUUGAAAGUUUGUGGUCCACAGGGAAAGGCAGAUUCAUUUGUACUCUGUUUCUCAGUUGAUUCUCCAGAAAGAAGCCCCAUAUGAAAGAGAUUUUGUGCACUGCUAUUAUAAGCUCAAAUGAAUUGGCAAGUGGAUAAAUCCGUGCCCUUUGAAAUACGUACACAAUGUCUGGAGUUCAAAAUCACUGUUCUUUUCACCAUUAUUGGGUGCAAAUACCAUCAUAAUUCAUACAACAAUGUGAGCAACUUGUCAUGCAGAGAGUGGCUUGAAUACUCCCCAGGGAGCAUAGUUUGUGCAUACAUUCUCUGUGUCAAGUCUGAUUAGAACUGACUACUUGACCAUUUGCAUUUUAUUCAUAUGUCAAUUGCCUUCCAUAUAUACAUUUAUA